AUGGCGGGUUGCGUCCUCCAAGCCGCUCGUCGCGGCCCGUCGCACCCCCGCUUGCUUGUAGCGUUCGUGUCGGUCCUCGCUGUGCUCUCCGCGGCUCGCAUCGGGCGCCACGCGUGGGGUCACGUCGGCCACGCGUUCACCUGCGCCAUCGCGCAGGCAGCAGCAGCAGUGGCGGCGCUGCUCCCCCCCACAGCCAGGGGCAGCCUCCCUGCGGCUCUUCUGACCAACGAGGCAGCAGCAGCAGUGAAGGCGCUGCUUCCCCCCGUCGCUGAGGGCAGCCUCCCUGCCGUGUGCUCGUGGGCGGACGACAUUUUGCACAGCAAGGGCUGGGAAUGGUCCAUGCCUCUGCACUUCGCUGGUACCCCUGACUUCGCCUGCUCCUAUGAUGAACGCCGUGAGUUGUGCCUCUCCUACUCUUCCAUCCCACCUACUCUUUCAUCCCCAUCUCGUCCCCUUCACUCUCCUCCUCCCCCUACAGGAGAUUGCACCUUUGCCCAUCACCCUGGUGUGUGUGUUGCAAACGCUAUCGUCAACUACACAUCCCAGCUCCUCACUUACUCUCCCCAUUCCUCCGCACAGCCCCAUUCCUCUCGCCAGCGUUCCAUCCCUCCAUCCUCCCUCCAACCCGCCACUCCCUUCAAGCCUGUCACUUUCCCCACCUCCCCUCACCGGCGCAGCCUUCUCAGGGGGGUAGGUGAGGCAGAAUCUGGGGUGCUGGGAAUGGGUGAGGAGGACGGAGAAGCGGAGGAGGGAGAAGGGGAAGAGGGAGAAGGGGAAGAGAGAGAAGGGGAAGUGGGAGAAGGGGAAGAGGAGAUGGUGCGGGUGGUAAGGGGAGUGGUACGGAAUAGUGCGAGGAGUGCUGCUCAUGCCUCGCUUGUUGCUGCAGCUGCGGCGGCUGCUGCUGCUUCUGGUGCUGGUGCUGCUGGUGGUGGUGCUGCUGCUGCUAGUGAGCAGCGAGCAGCACUGUGCGCGGGGUCCAUCAAACAUUACAACCUGACAGAGGCGCUCAUGUUGGGGACAUUCACCAGGGUGCAUGUGACGUGGUCUCCCAAUCCUCUCCCUCUCCCUCCCCCCCCUCCAUGCCUCCACCCAUCUGUCCCACGUGCCCCUGCUUCAGCCGCUGCACGUGGGAUUCACAUCUGA